AUGGCAAACGACGACCACCACCAGGACAGCGACAGCCUCGGCGGCGACGACACACGCCGUCAAAUGGCGUCGCUGCGCAUGCGUAAAUAUCGGUCGCUCAAGAAGGAAGAGUUCCGGCGCAUCGAGGACGAGUGCCGGUCCCUACAACAGACCCUGCAUCACCUGCUGCGCCAGCGCGCUCACUCGGGUGGGGACCCACCCCCCGCUACAAGCAGAAUGAUUCAACGCGAAGUCCACCACAGCAUCGCUGAACAAGUGGCCCGCCACACGCGCCAUCUUCGCCAUGAAGUCGAAGCCAACUACAAGCUCGCGUUCUGCUUGCGAGAUUGGGUGGCGUCCCAGCAUCCCGCGCCUAGCCUGACGCCGCAAAUGCCAUGGAUAUAUGCCACGCUGAGCGCCAAUCCAGACGUCCGGUGGGCUGGACUGCAAUGGCUCAGUGAGAGGCUGUUGCACACAGCCAACUCGGUCGUACCGCAGCACCCGAUGGACGUCCGAGGGGGGGAUGCCAUCCACGUAUCGGUGCACUCUCCUGACCACACCGACGACCCCAUCGCAAGCGGCGCGAUGGAAUUCCAUUUUCAGUUUUACAUUGUGUUUGUACCGUUUUCCGACGUCGUGUCGGCCUUGGUGUUGUUGAAUUCCCAGCGAGCGUUCGUUGUCCCCGAUGUGGUGGCGUGCCAGAUGGUCGAAGAAGCCAACUCGCUACGAUAUACGUAUGCGGCGAAUCCGCACAACGGAGUCACCCUGCGGCAAGUGACCGCCUUGUUCCACACCCCCGACAGCACAAGGGCAGUGCUCACGAGCGCCAAAGUGACCGACGACGAAAUGUAUCCACUUCAAGAUGGAGAAGUGCGAUCCCACGGGUUUGGAUGGUGCGGCCGACAACUUGGGAACCACUGCAGUCACUCUGUGCGUAGGACGGUCGCCGAGAGCGUCGGGCCCAACAUCACGACGAUCCGGGGAUCGACGCUGUAUUACGCCCCCAUCUCCACGACCGGCCCAAUCUCGUUCGAAGAGGUUGGCGACUUGUUUGGUGUCGACCAUCGCCAGUACAGAUGCAGAAGCGACUUGAUCGCGCAAGUUCAGUCGCAAGCCGAAGCUACUGUGACUGCUUGCUUUCGGCGGCACGUUCAUGCUCUGCGGCAUCACUUGGACGGCAAAGUCACCUCACCAGGGGACGCGAUCCAUGCUCGAGCACUCGCUGAUCAUGCCAAGACCGGCGCCACGAUAUCGACCGCAACGUUGAGACCUGCCAUGAGCUCCACGUGGGAAUAA